AAUUUUUUCAAUCAACGGUUUGCCGUAAAGUAGGUCUAAAGGUAUCUAUAGUAAUUUUAGUCACAUUCAGUAUUUGUCUAUGUCUACAUACGCGUUUAUUUGUGUGAAUUUUAGUGAUUUUUGUUUAGAAAAAAAGCAAUAUGAAGUGGAAUGGAACUGUGAUAUUACUUUUGGCUGUUCUGUCUCCAUUCAGCAAAGGGCACAAUGUAGAAAAAAGAGGCCUCAUAUUUCCUCCCACCAGUUUAUAUGGGACUUUCGUGGCCAUAGCCGUGCCCCUCGACAUUCCGGACAGGAACGUGUUCGUGUCUUACAACUUCGAGUCCAACUACUCCGUGGUCACCAACAUCACGCAGAUCGAUGAAGUCAUAUUUCCCAAUUUACCUGUAAUUGCAGCACGUCACAGCCGGAGUAUCACCCGGGAGCUGGCGUACACGACCCUCGAAGCCAAGUUCCGAGAGCACGGCAUGAGCGGGCGGGACUGCAUGCUGCGCAACAUCUGCGAGGCCGCCGAGACGCCGCUGCAUCACAACGGUCUGCUGGGACACAUUAUGCAUAUUGUUUUUACUCCAUCAUCAUCCAAAGAGGAGGGUCUAGAGGACGAAUACUACGAGGCAGAGGCGGCCGGGCUCCGAGGCGACUGCGACAAAUACCUCGACUUCUGCCCUUUCAGCCUCUUUGACGUCAUCACUAGACUGGUGGAAGUGCGACAGAAACCCUUGCAGGAUCAC